AGAACUACAGAAGAUUUGUCCCAAGAAAUUCAUCCUGAUCUACAAGAAGCACCAAAAGCUCCCACAACUAAUUGGUGGGACGUGAAUGGUGAAGGAUCUGAAAGCAGUAAUGUUUGUUUGGAGGAUAGGAUAAACGAGAUUUAUAAUUUUUAUUUCGAUAACGUUGAGAAAGUUGUGCUGGAGAUUGAUAUCGGGGAACUUGAAGAGACAGACCGAGAUCAGUUCAGAACAAUGACGGCCGCUGAGCAAAACUACUCCGUCAUCGAACAGGAGUGUUUGGCUGUUAUCUGGUCUAUUUCUUACUUUCGCCAGUACCUCCACGGAUCUCACUUUACUUUGAUCACUGACCAUUCCGCUCUCAAGUUCUUGUUAAGCCACAAGCUCCCCCAAGGUCAACUUGCACGUUGGAUCUUAGCCUUACAAGAGUACACCUUUAUCAUUGUACAUCAUUCCAGAAGGCAGCAUUCGAAUGCUGAUAGUCUUUCUCGUAUUUCUGAACCCACAUCACUUUUAAAUCUUUUUUAUUUUUGA